CCUUUUCUCGUUCCAUGUCAGUUUGUCUUGGAUAAUUUCAAUUGUACAAGCGAUGCAACGAGUCUCAAUGACUGUACGUACACACCGUUGUUUCAACAUCACUGUACAAAUGAUAUGCAUAUCGGAAUUGGAUGUUCAGGAACUUGUAAGUAGAUACGAUUUUUCUAGUCGCACGUAGAAACGUUUCCACAUUUAUUUGUUCAGACGAACCUCCUACAAUGACUACUACCUCAAGUAAGUGCUUUGUGAUAAAUUUAACUUUUUUGGCUCGAAGUUUACGACUCAAAUUGUCGCUCAAAAUGAAGAGACGGCCACCAGUAGGUUUUAGUUAGAAGACGCCAUGAGAACUUUAUUUUUUGGAUCUCAGCCCUCUUGUUGCGGCUCUCGAGUUAUUUCUUGAAAGAUGAGACUAUGUCUUGGCAAAGCAGGAGACUGCUGAGGCUUACUCAGUCUCCUUUCUUUAUGUAGAUUCUUAGAAUAGUUCACUAGGAAAACUCGUUCUCUACACUUCUCUCCUUGUAAUAAUCAUUGGUGCUAGCCUUGUAACAACUUACUUUUCUUCCUCUAGCCAGUGCUCCUACAAUCGAUGAACAAACAGUCACAGGUGUUUUAAAUCGCCACAAUUGGACUGAUAUUGGAGCUGUGAUCGAUGUCACUGGAAGCAUGUCUGCUUGUUAUGCUCAGAUUGAUCAAUGGAUGGCUCUGAGUAACACGAAUAAACUCGUUCGGUAUUUUGUCUUUUUCAAUGAUGGCGAUAAUACUCCAGAUGCAGAUAAAGUCAUUGGAUCUACAGGUGGUAUCUAUGGCGUACACACAAGUGAAGGGGUCACGAAAGUUUUGACAACCUUGAAUACAGCUAAGACAAAUGGAGGUGGUGGUGAUGGUCCUGAGAAUGAUAUUGAAGCAAUUAUCUAUACGAUCGCCAAUUGUCCUACAUGUGAAAAUAUUAUUCAUAUUGCUGAUAAUGAAGCAACACCAAGAGAUUUGAUUCUGUUAGAUAAAGUUACAAAACCGAUUAAAGUCGUUGUCUGUAAACUUGUCGCAGGUAGUCUUGUAAAUCCAAAAUUGUUAGAUGUUGCCUACAGAACUGGUGGCUCUUUGCAUACACUUGAUACGGACAUUGAAACAUUGGGAAGUUUGAAAGUUGGUGAUACAAUCAAAGUGGGUACGGGCACUUAUCGGCUAAAUGCAACUGGAUUUGUACGAAUUGCUUGA